UACACCACUCGCCUUUCUCCUCUUCUUCCAUCCCGAGUGGCCUCAUCCGCCCAACACCAGCCCGAGGGCGGCAGCACCGACUGCACUCACCACCAUGGCGUCGUCCUCCUCCCGCGGCGACGGCCUCGCGAACCCGAAUGCCCCGCUCGAGCCACCACCGCAGGCGGGUGACACGACGGCUGGCGACGUCGAUAUCUCUGAUGGCACGGACAUUGAGCACAACCAGGAUAUUGAGUUGGAUACCUCUUCCGACAACGACUCCGCAUAUGCCGGUUCAGUCAACAGCUCGACGUGGACCGCGUCGUUGACGUCGAGUAUACAACAUUUCCGCGAGGAAAAUGGGCGCACAUAUCAUUCGUAUCGAGAUGGGAAAUACAUCCUCCCAAACGACGACUCCGAAAUGGACCGCCUCGACCUGCAAAACAUGCUCUUCUCCAUGACCAUCGGCGGCGCCCCCUGCCUCGCUCCCCUCAAAAACCCCCUCCACUGCCUCGACGUCGGCACCGGCACCGGCAUCUGGGCCAUGGACUUCGCCGACGCACACCCGGGCUGCGAAGUCAUCGGCAUCGACCUCUCCCCCAUCCAGCCCACCGACGUGCCCCCGAACCUCACCUUCCUGAUCGACGACAUUGAGGAGACAUGGCACUACCGCCACGCCUUCGACCUGAUCCACAGCCGCAUGAUGGUCGCCAGCCUCGCCGACUGGCCGAAAUUCUUCGCGGCCGCCUUCGCGAACCUGCGGCCCGGGGGGUGGCUCGAGAACCAGGACGUGUGGACGCUGAAGUGCGACGACGACAGCUUCUCGCUCGACCCGCCGUCGUGCAGCCUCGCGCGCUGGUGGAACCUGAUCUGCGAGGCCGUCGAGAAGAUCGGCCGCUCCAUGGUUGCGGCGCCGUUGCACAAGCGGCGGAUGAUAGACGCGGGGUUUGUGGACGUGACGGACGAGACGUACAAGUGGCCCAUCAACACGUGGCCCAAGGACGAGAAGAUGAAGCUGAUGGGGCUGUGGAGCCGGGAAAACACUGUGGAAGCACUCGAGGCGCUGGCGAUGGCGCCGUUGACGCGGAUACUGGGGUGGGAGAAGGAGGAGGUGCAGGUGUUAGUCGCGGAGGCGCGGAAGGAUGUCAUGAACCGGGAUAUUCAUGCGUAUUGGAGCAUACGCUUCGUAUAUGGCCGAAGACCCGAAUAGCCCUUCCACCUCCCCCACCUUGACGCGCCUACUCCACACGCCGUUCGCCCACCCCGUCAACGGAGGAUUGAGUAAAAACUGCUCUCCUCCAAGAACCGCCUGCCAUCCUCCGCGGCUGUAAAACACCAAAAAAGAGAAAGGAAAAAAGCAUAAUCACGAGGCCCACGUUCCCCACGACCUGAUGCCCUCCUCGUCGUCGUUUUAAUCAAUACCCCUAUGUAUCGCGAAUAACUCGCUGAUCUAGCAAAAUCUAAAAUCCAAACUAUUGCUAAUAACCAC